AUGGCGUCUUCAACAAGCAAGAUUAUUUCGACGAUCAGAACUGUUAAGGGCUCGAGAAGUGUCGGAUCGAGAUCGGCCAUUUCGUUGACCACCUCCGCUGUUAGGAGAUUAAAAGAAAUUAUGAAGGAACAACCAGAGAUGACAGGAUUGAGGAUAGGAACUCGAACAAGAGGUUGCAACGGCCAGUCGUACGUUCUCUCCUACGCACCAAGUAAGGAAAUUUCAGAUGAGCAUGUCCAGCAAGAUGGCAUCAACGUCUUCAUAGACCGAAAAGCCCUGAUGCACAUAAUAGGAACCGAAAUGGAUUACGUAGAGGAUAAACUGAGCAGUGGUUUUGUAUUCAACAACCCGAACAUCAAAGGAACUUGUGGAUGUGGGGAGAGCUUCAAUGUUUAA